GGUGACUUUGUAGACAGAGGUUAUUACAGCCUCGAGACUUUCACUUACCUCCUUGCGCUCAAAGCUAAGUGGCCUGACCGCAUCACGCUGCUGCGAGGCAACCACGAAAGCCGGCAGAUCACCCAGGUGUACGGGUUUUACGAUGAGUGCCAGACCAAAUACGGAAACGCUAACGCUUGGAGAUACUGCACCAAAGUGUUCGACAUGCUCACAAUAGCGGCUUUAAUAGAUGAGCAGAUUCUCUGCGUGCACGGUGGCCUCUCUCCAGAUAUCAAGACACUCGACCAGAUUCGAACCAUUGAACGUAAUCAGGAAAUCCCUCACAAAGGCGCCUUCUGCGACCUGGUGUGGUCUGACCCGGAAGACGUCGACACGUGGGCCAUCAGUCCGCGGGGAGCGGGCUGGCUCUUUGGUGCCAAGGUGACGAACGAGUUUGUUCACAUCAACAACUUAAAGCUCAUCUGCCGAGCGCACCAGCUCGUCCACGAAGGCUAUAAAUUCAUGUUUGAUGAGAAGCUGGUAACGGUGUGGUCCGCCCCGAAUUACUGCUACCGCUGCGGAAACAUUGCGUCAAUCAUGGUCUUUAAAGAUGUAAAUACGAGAGAACCAAAGCUCUUCCGCGCUGUCCCAGACUCUGAACGCGUCAUUCCCCCGAGGACAACCACGCCGUAUUUCCUCUGAGCCCGUUCCCGCCUGCUGCUCCCCGUCCCGUCCCGUCCCUUGACAAUAUACUUUUUAUUGAGCACUUUGCUGCUGAAAUGCUGCCUCUUGCCUUUUUUAUUUUUAAAUUAUCUAAAUUUAUUGUGUAUUAUGGUGUCUGUAGCAAGUUUCUUACCCCCCUCCCAAUUAAUUUCAGAGUAUUUGUAAGACGUCCUUGAAAUUUAUACUACUGCAUGUCGUUCUUCUGUAUCUCUGGGUUUAGAUGAA